UUUCACUUCCGCACUACUGCUGUGUAUACCUCGUUAGCCUCUUGGAUGCCCUUCUUUCACACAUUUUUUAGAACAAGCGCGUUUAAUAUCGAGGAAAGAAAAAGCGUGCAGCUAAAAACGUUCCUUUUAGAUGUGAUGAGUUCAUGCAUAUUUACUUUAUUCUUUUCUGAAUAACAACACAGCAGCUUUAUUAAGUGAACCAGGAAGCGACGUUAGCGAGAGGAAGCUCAUCAACGUUGGCUACAUGUUUAAACAAAGCUGUAACUAACAAAGAAGCUGUGCCCGCUUGUUUACAGUAGAAGAAGUCAUGAAGGUGGUGUACAGUCACGAUGGAGGGCCCUUCCUGGUGUGGACCCUGGUGGUUCAGCUGGUGCUCUGUGGCAGUGGGGUCUACGCCACUGAUGGCACAAAGAACUGUAAACUGUUAACAGAGUCUGCCUCAGAACGGGAAGUCCUCAAUCGACUAGAGCCACUCGCCCAUAAAAACUUUACAGCAGUGACCAAUAAUGGAACUGAGAGUUACACAUACGUGUUCCAGUUGUGCGGGGACGUGGGGGGGAUUCAAGGAGCUGGAGUUGUUCAGUUCGAAACCAAGAAGAUGGAAAAUAAACCGACAGUGAUUGGCAUGUAUAAUGCAACACAGGCCAUUGGAGGAAGUGACUGGGUGAUGUUGUUCUACAGAAAUGGUGAAAGCUAUGAUGGCCACUGCUCCAAGGAAAUGAGAAAAGCCAUGAUCAUGAUCUCUUGUAACAGGGGAAUAAGUUCGGACCAGAUGAAGGUGGUGCUGGAAGUCAGGCAGAGGACGCAGGACUGUUUCUACCUGUUUGAGCUGGACUCCAGUGCAGUGUGCCCCUCUCUUGAGUCCCACCUCAGCACUGGCUCCAUAAUACUCAUCAUUGGUUUCUGUCUUCUUUCUGUGUAUCUCCUCGGAGGAUUUCUCUACCAGCGACUGAUUGUUGGAGCCAAAGGAAUGGAGCAAUUCCCAAAUUAUGCUUUUUGGCUGGAGGUUGGCAAUAUGACAGCGGAUGGUUGUGACUUUGUGUGCCGGUCACAAAAUCGUGAGGAAGCCCCCGCUUACAGAGGAGUGGCAACAGAGCCUUUAGAAGAGGAGCCAGAGGAGCGAGACGACUACUUACUGCCUAUGUGACCUCCAUAUGUCAGGAAUGGGACAGACAUGUUCACUAUGUGACACGGCGUACUUUUUCUCAAGUUUCAGGUUGUUGGUAGACACAAGUCUUGUUUUCUCUUGUGCUGGUUUAGGUUAGGACCUGUCAACACUUUGCUUGUAUUCCAAACCUGUGCCUAAGGCAACUACAGUGUGAUCUGCUUGUCACUUAGGAGGGCAUGUUAUUAAUUGGGCGGACAUACAUGUCUGCUCUUACUUCCCCAUGCAUUUCAUUCAGCUGUUUGCUGUCAAACAAAUGAAUGAUUCAUCCAAGAUUACAAAGUGACAAUAAAGAUUAACUCUUCAAUGGAAAUUUGGCACAAAAGGGAGAAGUUAAGAAUUCGGGUUUCUGAUUUGAACUCAAUUACAUAUUGCUCAUCUUUUCCCGCUUAGCUAAUGAUUGUUGUUCGAAGUUGGUGCAGGUUGCAGCAAGCUGUUUUUUUAUGCGUCAUGGUUCUGCACUGACAGUUGCAGGUUACAAAACAAGUGCUUUUGCUUGUGUCAUUUGGCUUUAAUCAGUUUGUUUUUGUGUUUUAAAAGUAAUAUGAGAAUGCAAGUGUUUAAUGUUUAGUUCUGUUACUAUGCUCACACCCUUGCUUAAGAGGUAGAAAUCACUGCAGAAACCAUAGCUUGACUGAAUUUGAGUUUUAGUUUGGCAUUUUCUUUUCUUGCACAUUUUGGCGAAAAUAUACCACAUCAUUGCUAAUGUGUACCUAACAUGUUCAGUAUUUCCAGCUUUCUGACUGACAUCUAGGCUGACUUACAUCUUCCAUUUUUAUCAGAAAGGUCAACAAUUUAGUUAAGUUGAUGUGUUAAACUUACAAGUUUGGUGUUUGAAGCAAUGCAUCCUGCUAAUUUAUCAGUGAAUUGUAUCUUAAAUCACUAUUGUAGGCCUGUUAAUGCUACUACACAGUGAUGGAUAUUUGGAAGGUUAUGAAUUCUGCUUUUCAUAAUGUAUGAUUUGAAAAAAGUAUGGUUUAUAUCUACUUGUAUUUUCAUAGUAAUAUAACAUUUGCAGUAAAGGAACAAUAUUCAUACUCGCAAGAUAUUUAAUUAGGAAACGUAUGUUUGGUUAACGGCAAAUGCACAAACACUAACAACGACAACAAUAUUUUAGGAGGAUAGAUCUGCAAUGUAAGCAUUUUCUAUACACCUUCUUUAUUCAAGUUUUUUUAUGGUUGUAAAAAUGUUACAGCUCUGAGGAUAAAAUGAUAGGUUAGUUAUGUCGAAAUGAUGUUAAAGUUUCAGUUGUGAAUUAACUUACUAUAUUAUUGUGAAUGAGUGAGAGUUUGUUUGUUGGAUUUUGUUUAUUUUUUCAUGAUUUGCUUUUUUGUGUUUAUUAGCCUUUUUUUUGCUUAGUUUGGUGAAGUCUGGUGGAAAUGGUCACUCCUGUGGAUGUAGUGAAAUUACCAACCUCAAGAUUAACAUAAAGCUGUUUUGGUUCAAGCAUGAUUUCAAACCACCAAGCUUUCUGUUUGUUUCUUCAUUUCACCAAAAAUGAAAGUAGCUUAUGUGUGCCCCUUGUAGUGGUGAAGUAAGUACACACCCAAGUGCACUCACCUCUGGAGAUGUAAUGAAUGUAAAAUGUUUUAAUAAAAACAUUUCAUGCACAGA